AUGGAAGAAUCAAUGGAAGGUAGUGGUUCGAUGGUGGAGCCGGAGGUAAUGCUCGAAGGAGGCAGAGAAGAUGGGUUAGGAGAAACACCGGUGGAGCGGGGAAUGGAGAUAGGGUCUGUUGUGGGGGCAAUGGAGGUGGUGGUGGUCAAGGGGGAAGGGUCGCUACCGGUGUCCAUUAUAUGGUCGUGCAUGUAUGAAUUUUCGUUUGUUUGUUUGCGCAGGAAGCCUCAUGUAAAUGUUGGUACCAUUGGACAUGUCGAUCAUGGGAAAACUACUCUUACGGCAGCAAUCACUAAGGUACUAGCUGAAGAAGGAAAAGCUAAGGCUAUUGCCUUUGAUGAGAUUGAUAAGGCUCCUGAGGAGAAAGCGAGAGGAAUUACCAUUGCUACGGCUCAUGUGGAGUAUGAAACUGCUAAGCGACACUAUGCUCAUGUAGAUUGCCCUGGACAUGCAGAUUAUGUCAAAAACAUGAUUACUGGAGCUGCACAGAUGGAUGGUGGAAUUCUUGUUGUAUCUGCCCCAGAUGGACCUAUGCCUCAGACGAAGGAGCAUAUUCUGCUUGCUCGCCAGGUUGGUGUGCCAUCCCUUGUUUGUUUCCUGAAUAAAGUUGAUGCUGUUGAUGAUCCUGAAUUACUGGAACUUGUAGAAAUGGAACUACGCGAGCUGCUUAGCUUCUACAAGUUCCCUGGUGAUGAGAUUCCAAUUAUCCGGGGUUCAGCUCUCUCAGCCUUACAGGGCACAAAUGAUGAAAUUGGAAGGAAGGCUAUUCUGAAGUUGAUGGAUUCUGUUGAUGAGUACAUACCGGACCCUGUGCGCCAGCUAGACAAGCCAUUCCUCAUGCCAAUUGAGGAUGUUUUUUCUAUUCAGGGACGUGGAACCGUUGUAACUGGACGAGUGGAGCAAGGAACGAUUAAAACUGGAGAAGAUGUUGAGAUUUUAGGUUUAAUGCAGGGUGGUCCAUUGAAGACAACUGUUACUGGUGUGGAGAUGUUCAAGAAGAUCCUGGAUCAUGGCGAAGCUGGUGAUAAUGUUGGUCUUCUUCUACGAGGUUUAAAACGUGGAGAGGUGCAAAGAGGACAGGUUGUUUGCAAGCCUGGGAGUCUGAAGACAUAUAAAAAAUUUGAGGCUGAGAUUUACGUACUUACAAAAGAUGAAGGUGGUCGCCACACUGCUUUCUUCUCAAAUUAUAGGCCUCAGUUCUACUUAAGGACUGCAGAUGUUACUGGCAAGGUAGAAUUGCCUGAGAAUGUGAAGAUGGUGAUGCCAGGAGAUAAUGUCACUGCUAUUUUUGAACUUAUAUCUGAAGUCCCGCUCGAAACAGGGCAAAGAUUUGCAUUGCGCGAAGGAGGACGAACAGUAGGAGCAGGAGUGGUCUGAGAAGGUUAUGCAGCUGAGUUCUG